GGAUCGGUAUAUAAGACGGGAAAAGGUGCGUGGCACCAGCGUUCACUGCUCCGUCACCCACCUCCGUAGCCAUGUGGAAGAUCCUGACGGUGUUCUGCGUCGUCGCACUUGCGACCGCUGCCGGAGAUGACCUGUCGGAGGGGGAUAUGGGUAUCUACAUGAAGCAGACAAAUGACAUCUUCGACCAGAUUCUCGACAGCGUCAGCCGGUCUGAGGAGCUGGACCCGUUCCAGCUGCCGGAAAUGGUGUCCAGUUUUGAGCGGAAGAUUUUGUUUCGUCUCCACGGCGAGGCCCGGAUCUACAAUGGCACUAUCACGGGGCUGUCGACCAUGCACAGGGCGGGAGACAGCCACCUCAAGAUGGACGAGUCGAACCUCGAAGUGCUCGCCGACGUGGGCGUCGGAGCCCUGGACGUCAACUGCAAGGCCCACGUGAAGUUCAUGGGCAGGGGCCCCACAGUUAACAUCGCCGUGCAUAUCGCCUACGCGCGGGUCCUGCUGGAGGCCUUCCAGCCGCAAGAUGGAGAGAUGACCCUGAAGCAGUUCAAACUGCAAGAACUUAAUGGCUUCAAGCUGAAGAUGACGGGUCUCGGACCCCUGACUUACCUCUUCACUUACUUUGUUCGCGUUUUCACGAAACUGUUCAAGAACAAGGUCAAGGACAUCGUGGAAAGUCGGCUGGCCAAAAUGGUCGCGAACAAACUGAAGGGGAUUAAACUGGGAGUGUAAUAGAA